UGAACCCGGCUUGAGUGAUUUCAUCCCCAAUGGUAUUGCCGGAUAUUACGAAAAACAGUUCAAACGUUUGAAAAUAGGCCUCCAACGUUUAAAGCAAGAUACCUUUUCUUCUAUCUUAAAGAGUUUUAUCAAUGUUAUUGCCGCCGCAUUCAUGCCUCUCCCACUGAAAAUUCUUUUUACAUGCAUGGAUCUGCCCUGGAAAGAAUUUGAAAUACGCACGGCGAUUAUUGACAUUAUGUCAGAAAUUCUUCCAGUUUAUGAUGGUUGCCUGACUCUUUAUCAUAAGUCAUUAUGGGAUUGGAUGACGUUGAAUGGGUAUGAGGAACAUGCGUUUGUUGCAGAUGUUAAUGACGGAGAUAGACGUCUUUGGCGUGCUUGUGAGAAGGAAUUCUGUGAGAUAGAAUCUUUAAAGUCCGUUUUAGAAUUUCAAAUUUCACCCGAGAAUGAGUACGCUUUGAAAAAUGGUGUGAAAUAUUUGAUGAAAACAGGUAAGGUGGAGGAAUUUCACUGGUUGGUGCAUGUUGGCGUAAACUAUUUAAGACUAAAAUUUUGCGAUCGCGAUCGCAACACCGAUAUUGAUUUGAACCAAAUCCUUGACACUUAUAAUAGUAAUCUUUCCAAAGAUAUUUAUUACGGCAUAAUUCAACUGCAUUGCCUCUUAGAAAAGUUAAAAAGAGUGUAUUUAAUGGCAGAAAGCCCUCCAGCAAAUUGUGACGAUUAUUUGAAAGAUCUUGCAAACGGAUAUUUUGAUUUUUCACAAAAUAAUUUCUUUCGUAAAAAUGUUGCUAGAAAUAUCUUGGAUACAGUAAAUGAGAUUUGGAUGGAGCGUGUGACAAACGAAGAGAAUCAUAAUUUAAAUCAUUUCCCCCGUGCCUUGUUAGAUAAUUCUAUUAUUAUUACCAGUUCUCUGUCACCGGACAAUACGAUGUUUGCCCUCUUUUAUAAUCAAACAUGGACAGUGCAAGUGCUUAAAAUACCAAGCCUCGCAACUCUUUUCAAGAUAGAAGUAGAUGCGAUACACGUUGAUAUUGACCACUUUUUUGUCUUUUCUCCUGAUUCCUCCUAUAUUUUAUGCAAUUCAAUUCGGUCAUGCAUCCUUGUUAAAGAACAAAAGGAAGUACCCUUCAUUGCACACGGUCCCAAAGACAUUCAGAGUUGUUCUUUUUCUUCCUGUGGAACGAAACUUGCUACAUCAGGGCCGGAAUUCAUCCAAGUGUGGGAUGUAAUGCGGAAAACCAUAUUAGCAGAAGUUUACAAUGACUUUUUGGGAUUUAGGAAUUAUUGUUUGUUUAGUUUGUGUGGCUCCUACAUUCUCCUUUUGGAUUGCGACUCAUCAAUGUGUACGAAUGUCUUGCGCUCUGAGAAUUUGGAAGAAGUAUAUAUUGAAAAGAAUUCUGUUAAGCCGUGUUUGUUAAGUAAAGUUUCCAUUCAGAUACAUUCACCAAAUAGAUUGGUUCUUGGCAAACCAUCCCGUAGGAUUAGCUUUGAUCAUGUUUGCUUGCCAUCUGGUGAGAUAGUCCUCCUUUCUCGUAAAAAAUGUUCAAAACCCUUUUUAUGGAAGGGAAAAAAGUGUGUAGCAUUUAGCGAUCACUCCUUCGCUGUAGCUCUAAUAAUAUACGACUUUUUAAACCAAACGAUCGUUGACGUCUUUCAGAUUGAUUAUUUGCCUCUUGAAUGUGAUUUCGAUCACAUUUCAAAAUUAGAAGAGACGAAAUUCAUUUUACGUAUUUCGGAUCCAAACCUCGUAUGUAUUAUAUCACUUGAAUCUCCUGAUGCUUCUUUUGUCGUCAACGCCCGUAUAGAUUGCUGUGCAUUAUCUCCAGACACCUUGUAUGUAACGUGCUGUUUUGAAAAUUGCAUUCUUUCAAUAAGAAGUAUCGACAAUGGGGAAACAUUGCAAACUGUUCCACUAAAACAACGAGCAGUGGCUUGUUGGUGGUCUAAGUCGUAUCUUUGGUUGGUCUGUGAAGGCGUGGUGUUAAAUAUCCUUAUGAACCUUUGAAUUCAAAUAUCUUAGGAAAUCAAACUGAAGAAUCUAUUUUAAAUUUUAGUGGUGUUGUUAAGUUUACAAAAGAUGUUCUUGUAAUUAGCACUAAUGGGAGAAUUUCUAUUUUGAAAAUUUGUGGUGAAAAUCUCAGUCAUCAAGAAAUACCUUCUUGGAAUUUUGACGAGGCCCAUAGUGAAAAGUUCACUUCUGUCGCAAUAAGUUGUGAUGGGUGUGCUGUUAUGUUACAUUGCAGUCGCAGGAAAAUUUAUGAAUUGUGGGAAAUAGAAUGUGGAAACAGAUGGUUUGUACGUUCAACGGGGGAGUUGAAUGAAUCAGUUAAAUGGUUCUGUUUAACUGGUACUAAUAUGACUCGUAGUUUAGUAUUAGUGUCAUCCGUCAAUGCAUUAACUACCUUUGGGGAAUUUCGUUUAUUUUCUAUUAAGUUUCUAAGAAAUGGUAUAAGAAAUGAGCAUGUUCUUCCUAUUAAAUAUUUCAAGAAGGCUUUUUACAUUGAUUCCGAAAUGGUAGGUGUUUUAAAUCAUUAUAUGAUGCAUUUCGUUAAGGUGUCCGAAGGCAGAAUCAUGGCUUCCGUACGGUUACCUUCUUAUUCUAAGCAUAAGAGUCGAUUGAUUCAAAUAUUUCCUACGAAGGUACUUGUGGUAAGCGUGCAGGUAUACAGCUAAUUCAAGAAACGGUUUCCAUACAGAUACAUCUGACGUCGCCAGCUCGUUAGGUCGGCUGGGAGAUACUCGUGUAUUUAUGUUCUAAGUAUAGUCCUAACACAAAUCGAUUGUUCUAGCGGUCAGUGAACAUACAUGGAUACAUAAAUAUUCUGAUGUUUAAGGUUUUAACUUGUUUGGCACUUCUUUUUCUUCUUGAGUUAGUUGUUUACCGCGAUCUCUUGCAUAUAUAAUUUGGUUUACUCUGAGCAAUGUCGUAAAAAUUGAAAUGAUUGUUACCUGAGCAAAUACUUUUCUUAGCAUUGGAUGAUUAAGCGCAAUAUAUUCAUCAAUUAAAAACCUUAAUUUUAGGUCAUCUCAUGUCGUUACUAUAGUUAAUCUCACGCGUAAGGCCCAAUUACACUAUACGGGGUCGCUAUUGAAUACAGUCAAAUUUUUUAGCUGCUAAAAGGCUGUGAGUAUUUAUGUCUGAUCUAA